AUGACACUUGAGUGCUCCCUUCCAGGGUACUUGGCUGACGAGGCCCCUGUGGUGCGCGACACCUCUUUGAGGCAGGAAGGUGGACAAUCUUCUAAGCCUGGCCGUUACUUGACCCCCAAACUCCGAUGGUGGGCCGUCCGAUAGGUGGAAGGAGGGAUGGCCGAAAGGUGAUUGGUUAAAGGUGGUCCCCGGGUUUGUAUAGAAGUGAGAGACUUCAUCUUUGAGUGUUUCAGUGUCACACACAGGACAGCAGCAGCGAGCGCCCGGCACUGACACCUUCUCGGCUGAAGAAGAGCUUUUCUCAGGUAAGUUUUGCAGUCUGUCCUCUGUCCGUCUCACUCCACGGCCGCUGUACUACAGUGAACUUUACCGAACGGCCUGUUUGACAUUCUUUUUAGAGAAAGAUGGACAAAAGAAGAUGCCUCCGUAAGCGAAAACACAUUGAGGAGCCGUGCAGAGAGGAAGAAAUAGAAGGUAAGUUGCUGCUGCAGUUCUACGUGCUGGGCCGCGACCGGGAGGUCGGAGUAGGUACGGCAGCGGGCCAGCAGGCUCCGUCGAGUGAGUGUACCCUUGUCCAAGCAGGGCUCACGAGUCUUAGGUGCAAAAGGUGAAUUCGCAUAUUCAUUUGACUUCUCUGUCCACACAGGUGCCGCAUGCGGGGACCUGGCAGGGCCCUCUGACACCGCCCUCCUCGCCGCUGCGGCUGAGGUCGAAUCCCAGAGUGAGUGUGUCUGAUUAUAAAUAUCUGUUUGUGCGGUGGCUGUUAAUGUAUAGCAGAUUAACAAAAGUGUGUGUGUGUGUUUCAGGCUCCAGGGACGCCCCAUCACAGGCCUUACUGCGGGCUGCAGUCCCCGAGUCUGCCACACCCGCUGCCGCCACAGCAGCAGUGGCGUCCCCUCCCCACGCAGGCGAUGAGCCCACACCGCCGGCAGCGACCACAGGCGCACAGGUAGAAGGGUGUGGAAGGCGUUUGUAAAAAAACAAGUGUAGUUUUUCACGUGAAGCAUUGUGAUGUGAACCUUGGCCUUAACUAAGCUAUGUGACUUUCGCAGCUGCUCCCCGAGGGCUGGAGACAGACCUUGCCAGAGGAGCAGCACGAGUGGCUGGGCCAGGCUUUAUUUACCAGAGGCGCCAGGGGCCAGCCCGUCCUCACCACCGACCUUCGCCUCUGGUGGUACCCUCCCGGAGACCGGCCCCUCUACACCCAGCCACCCGCCUCAUCCCAUGAAUUCUUCCAGAGCCGGUUCUUCUUGUGGUUGCCCUACAAGAUGUGGGCAUACAGGCUUGUGUGUCCCGUCUGUAGGCGCCAGCUGACCGGCGCUGGCCUGUACAGGACUGUGCGGAGGGUCCUGGACAUGAGCAGCUGGUACUUCAUGGGCACGGAGUACCUGGAAUGCUGCUCGUGUCACAGAAAGUAUGUUGCGUGGGCACAGGAUAUCCUGGAGCAGCUGGAUCUGGCACACAGGGAGAGGUUUCCAGCUGUUCUCACGUACAAGUAAGCAGAGAUGUGACACCGUCUCAAACAUCAGCAUGCUACACUUGUUCUGUUGUUGUAGUUGUUGUUGUUGUUAUAGUGUAUGUAAUUCGACUCUUUUCACCCCCCAACCCCCCCCCCCACCACCACCACCACCACCACAGGCUGUCCUGUGACAAGGCCGUCAUCGCCCACUUGAAGGAGCGCACAUUGGGCAACAGUGCGUCUCGCCUCCAUUCUAUCCUCAUGGAACUGCACACUAGUGACUGGAUAGUGCGGUCCAUGACCUACCUUUCCGUGCUGCGCAAGCUUGGGGUGCCGGGUGCAGGACAGGGGCAGCAGGUCUCCCUACCAACGAUGCACCCGGUGCCCGGCGUGUCCUGGCUGCUGUCUGUCUACGUCAGGGAUGCCCUGCUGCGCCUAGAUGAGACAAAAGCCAGGAUCACGUCCAUCUUUGGGGACAUUUUAAAAAUGGGCUCCACCAAGAAGGUGAGUGACAAUUUUUAUUCAUUCAGUGAUUUUUAUGACUGAAAAAAAUAGCAACUCUGUGCCUUCGUAGCAAGCCACACACACACACACACACACACACACACACACACACACACACACACACACACACACACACACACACACACACACAGAUGUGGCUGUUUGUGUCAUCUUCUUUCUGUCUACUGCAGAUGAUAAAGAAGCUUGCAGGAGAAGCUGCCGGUACAGCUGCCUGGGUCACCAAUGUAGGCAACGAGCACGGGCAGGUGCUCAUAUCCGUCCUCACCGCUGACAAAGGGGACGGCCUGUUGCCUAUGGCGGCUGGACUUGUGCGGCGCUACAGAGAUGCCGGAAAGGCCCAUCCUAAGGUCUUAUACGUGGACCAGGACUGCUGCUCCGCCGUUGGACAGUGCAAGGUACCGUGAAGUGUUUGUAAAGCUGCCGGCAGAGCAGGAAGACGGUGUGUUUUUUUCUGACCCGUCAUUUCAUGUGUCCUCAGACCUCAGCAAUGUUCAGCGAGUGGGAGCAGCUGGUGGUGCACCUGGACGUGUGGCACAUCAUGUGCCGCUUUUCCAGGGGUGUGACCACUGACAGCCACCAGCUGUUUGGCCUCUUUAUGGCGCGUCUGUCCUUCGCCAUUUUUGAGUGGGACCGUAGCGACGUGGAUAGACUCGGAGAGGCCAAGCGGUCCGAGGAGGGGAGAGACAGGGACACCUCUGUCCAUCUGUCGUCGAGAGAGCUGGCUCGACACUGCCGCCGCCGCACCAGACGGCCGGAGGAGACCGAGCGGCUGGUGGAGGAGUUGCUGGACUCCUUCCGGGGGGCGACGGACACCAUGAGCGUCCCACUCUUUGACUGUGAGAAGAUGGAUGAGAUCUGGAGCACCCAGCGUCGUCACCUCCGCUGCAUUCAGGACCCGCCAAGAGUGGACCUCUAUACCAAGACCGGGGAGGUGACCAGGGGAGGGGUCAAGCUCCCCGUUUUUCGUUGCGCCAGAGGCUCCACCUCCCUGGAGUCGUUUCACCUCCACCUGUGCCGCUUCAUCCCAGGUCAGAGUCUGAUUUGUGUUUAAAGUGUUUAGCUCACAGUGUCUUUGUGUGUGUGUGUGUGUGUGUGUGUGUGUGUGUGUGUGUGUGUGUGUGUCUGUGUGUGUUUGAGAGACUCACAACAGCUCUCCCUGUCACUCCUCCUCACUGUCUUCUGCUCUCUUUUAUCCUGUGACAGGAACAUCUGCGAAUGCGUUGCACUUUCAGGUGUACCUCCUGGAGGGACUGGCGAGGUGGAAUGAAAACCGAGCCAGGGCCGCAGUGGAGAAUGCUCAGAGGACGAAGCUGAGGUGCUACAGCGCUCAGCUGCAGCACGGCUUCAACCAGCUGACCCAAGAGUUCCUGGGAGUGAAGCUGGUUGAAAACUACACCCUUCCCAGGGAGUACACAGGUAGGGCUCAACGCAAGUGCAGGCUGUCACGGGCCAAGCGGGCCGAAUGGAGUCCCUGCAUCUGUCUUUUUACAGGUGAGCUCAUCGGAAUGGAGUACCUGUACUCCCAGACGGGUGUCGUGCUGCAGCAGGAUCUCGGCCGGGACCCCGAUGCUCCGGAUGGGACCGUGGAGGUGGAAGAGGCUUGGGAGGAGGAAGAGGAGGGGUUCCAGGAGGAGGAGCUCCAGGACUUGAGGUUUGCCAACAACCUCAGCACACUCCUCCAGGUGCAACAUCUGUGCCCUCAGCCUGCUGCCGCCGCUGCCACCACCACCUCCUCCUCGUGGACCGAGUUGGAACCAGGCCAAACUGCUGAAGAAGGAAGAGGAGGAGGGAGAUGUAAGCACACCAUGUACUGUGAAGUUGUUUUUUUAAUUCCUUUCUGCGGCAGUUUGUUUUGCAAACAGUUGCCCCGCCCAUAGGCCUGUUGCAGAACGUCCUGGGUCCAGGCGGCCACGGAGGGUACCAACACGCCGCCCGCCUGGCCCAUGCCCUCGUGGAGCUGCGUCACGUGGCAUUGUGUUCUUGUCCGAUGAUGUUUGCUAUCAAUGCUUUUGGAAACCGCCUGUUCUCUAUCAUCUAUCUAUUUGUUUUGCAGACUCAGUGAUCACUGACAGCCAGCAUGAGGGACAAAGUCACUCAACUCCAGACGGUGGGUUUUCUUUGGUUUUUAUUGACAGGAGAGCCGCAGGCGCUUUAAAACACAGCUGGGUUUAUUGACCGAUCCACUCAUCCACCCCUAACAGAAACACACACCAACACACAGUCGGAUGACGAGGUGGGCCGCAGCUGA